ACUUGAAUCUCGACACUUGAAACAUCAGAGCGAGUGAGUGAACAAAACGCUACCCAAAAAUUAUAUAAAUAAUAUUUUCAAAUUAAAAUAAAAUUAAAAUAUUGAAAAGAGAGAAAAAGCCUCCGUCUGGUGCGAGCCGCUGUGAUCACUGAGUUACGACGACUCGCUCCCUCAUCCAUCUCUGAGUCCGGAGCCUCCACACUCGGAAGCUUUUCCUCCUCUCCCACUUCAACCGUAACACCUUUUGAUCCCUAAUUUUGGUUUAGCUCCGGCUCCGGCCAGUCUGUACAUCUCUGUUGCUCGUGGACAACAACGCUGUUUUCACCGCUGCCCUUUAUUGUUACGAGAUAAUUGGUGGGAAAGGCCAUGGGUGAGCCUUCGUCGUUGCACGGUGGUUUCAAAGAUAGCAAAUUAUGGAAAGGGAUUUUUGCUGUUUCCGGCAUUAUGACCACCUUGGUCGCUUAUGGUUUUUUACAGGAGAAGAUUAUGAGAGUUCCAUAUGGUCUGAACAAGGAAUUUUUCAAGUACUCGUUAUUUCUUGUUUUCUGUAAUCGAAUCACAACAUCCGCUGUCUCUGCUUGUUUUUUACUGGCGAGUAAAAAAGCCUUGGAUCCGGUUGCUCCAGUUUAUAAAUACUGCCUUGUAUCAGUAUCUAACAUUUUAACUACAACAUGUCAAUACGAGGCCCUUAAAUAUGUCAGUUUCCCUGUUCAGACACUAGCAAAAUGUGCUAAAAUGAUACCUGUUAUGGUAUGGGGCACUAUAAUUAUGCAGAAGAAGUACAAGGGACAAGACUACUUUUUUGCUUUUCUAGUUACAGUGGGCUGUUCAAUAUUUAUUUUAUAUCCGGCAGGACCUGACAUUAGUCCAUAUGGUAGAGGAAGGGAGAAUACUGUUUGGGGUGUUUCAUUGAUGAUGGGUUAUCUCGGGUUUGAUGGCUUUACAAGCACAUUUCAAGAUAAACUCUUUAAAGGCUAUGACAUGGAGAUUCAUAAUCAAAUUUUCUACACAACAAUGUGUUCCUGUGUUCUCAGCUUGAGUGGUCUAAUUUUACAGGGCCAUUUACUGCCGGCAAUAGAAUUUGUUUCUCGCCAUAAUGAUUGUUUUAUUGACAUUGUCUUGCUGUCAACUGUAGCAACAGCUAGUCAAUUUUUUAUUUCUUACACAAUCCGAACAUUCGGUGCUCUCACAUUUGCCACAAUAAUGACCACAAGACAGUUGGUGAGCAUUUUGCUGUCAUGUUUGUGGUUUUCCCACCCUCUUAGCUGGGAACAAUUUAUCGGAGCAGUCAUCGUCUUUGGUUCCCUAUAUGCCAAAAGCUUCUUGAGAAAAGCUCCACAGAAACCUCCACCUUCAGAUGAAACGAGUAAUGAAGUUUCUAUUCCUGUGAAGGAGAACCCUUGACAAGCUACAGGCUUCAUUUGAUGUUGAGAUCUUGGACUUGGUACCGCUCUCUCUAACUUUUAUUGGCAAGCAGCUUUAGUUUUUAAAAGUGCGAAGCUGCAUGGUAGAACGUGUUAACGACCUCAGAUCGAAGGUCUUAGAACUUAAUCUAAUUUACAUAGCAUUGAAAUGGACUCUUCUUGGUCGCUGGUGUCUUCAGUGGAGACCAAGAGAUAUUCUUUGAUUCUCUAGUUUCAAAGGAAGUCUAAAUUAUAGAUUGCCUAAGGUUUCUUCUUUUUUCUUCCUUUUUUUUGGAAUUUAAUUGUUUUACAAAAUAUACAAUUCGUUGCUAUAGGAAAAUAUUUUGUUUUUUCGCUUUAUUUUUAUGUAAUUACUUUUAGCAUUCUACCUUGCUCAAUAUUCACAGUAAAUUAUUUAGUG